AUGAAGGAGAAGGAGUUAAUUUUGGUUGAUCUUCAGCCAUCUCCUGAAAGAAGCGAAUUGGGGACGGCCAACCCAAAUCCUCUGAAACCAAGAAAUGUAUUCUCUGUCCUGCAAAAUUCGGAUGCAAGAGAUAAUGAAUUGCCUUUAACGAAGGCCACAUGUGAUAAGGUAGCUGUGGUUUCCUCUGAUACGCUUCCUGCUACGAUGAUCACAAAUCGUUUUAUUGCACUAGAAACGAUAGAUGAGGUGGUGAAUGAAGUUACUAGUGUGGAAGGAGAAGAGCAUGUUGAAGAUACGUAUGUUGAAAACGCUCCUACACAACAUGAAUCUCAAAGUGAUACUGUGAUAUUUGAUAUUUCUAAUGAAGUACUGAUGCUUGAAAACUUGUGUCCAGCCGCUCUUCUUAGUAGAAUAGUAUCUUCCUUCCUAUUGGAGUUGCUUUUCGAUGUUGGUUCCGGCCAAUUCUACUUCACAGAGAAUGGAACUACCACAUAUCAGUUUGCAGCAGAACGCUUUGCAACAGUCUACCCUGAGUAUACUAAGCGGGAUCAAAUAGGAAGAACUAGAAGAAAUAACCACUGGAAAGUGGGAAGAUCUUUGGAUAGGAGAAAAAUCCACUUAAUUAGCUGGGAUACUAUCAUCGGUCCAGGAGACCCCGGCUGGGAAAGAAAAUGUUUUCUUGAUUGA